ACAGCGCGUCGGAGAGACGACGGGGAACUGGGGGCGAAACCCAGCCGGUUAGAAAGACUUUCUCUCUCUCUCUCUCUCUCAGAGGUCCUGGAAAUUAUGAAGCUCUUGAAGCCAAGUUGGAUCAGUCACAAUGGAAAGCCAAUAUUUUCUGUUGACAUCCACCCGGAGGGAACAAAAUUUGCAACAGGAGGACAAGGAGAGGAUUCUGGGAAAGUUGUCAUAUGGAACAUGGCACCAGUCCUUCGAGAAGAGGACGAGAAGAACGAGACCAUUCCCAAGAUGCUUUGCCAGAUGGACAACCAUUUAGCUUGCGUGAACUGUGUGCGCUGGUCCAACAAUGGGCUGUACCUGGCUUCAGGUGGGGAUGACAAGCUGAUAAUGGUGUGGAAACGAGCAGCGUACAUUGGCCCCAGCACUGUGUUCGGUUCCAGCAGUAAACUGGCCAACGUGGAGCAGUGGAGAUGUGUAACCAUACUGAGGAGUCACACUGGAGAUGUCAUGGACGUUGCUUGGUCACCACAUGAUGCCUGGCUCGCUUCCUGCAGCGUUGACAAUACCAUUGUCAUCUGGAACGCUCGCAAAUUUCCAGAGAUCAUCGCUACCCUGCGGGGUCACACAGGCCUGGUGAAGGGGCUGACCUGGGACCCUGUGGGGAAGUACAUUGCCUCUCAGGCCGACGACCGCAACUUGAAGGUGUGGCGGACCAUGGACUGGCAGCUGGAAACCAGCAUAACCAAACCGUUCGACGAGUGCGGUGGAACCACUCACGUGCUGCGGCUCAGCUGGUCCCCCGACGGUCAGUAUCUAGUCUCCGCCCACGCCAUGAACAACUCCGGCCCCACAGCGCAGAUCAUUGAGAGGGACGGCUGGAAGACCAACAUGGACUUUGUGGGUCAUCGGAAAGCAGUGACAGUAGUGAAAUUCAACCCUAAGAUUUUCAAGAAGAAGCAGAAGAACGGCAGCUCUCCCAAGCCCAGCUGUCCGUACUGCUGCUGCGCUGUGGGCAGUAAGGACCGCUCUGUGUCUGUGUGGCUCACUUGCCUGAAACGCCCCCUUGUGGUUAUCCAUGAGUUAUUUGACAAGUCAAUCAUGGAUAUCUCAUGGACCCUCAAUGGCCUGGGGAUCCUGGUGUGCUCCAUGGAUGGGACUGUGGCAUACCUGGAUUUCUCUCAGGAUGAGCUUGGGGAUCCACUCAACGAGGAAGAGAAGAACUCGAUUCACCAAAAGAUUUACGGAAAAAGCCUGGCGAUCACCACAGAGGCUCAGCUGCCCACCACCAUCAUCGAGAACCCGGAGAUGCUGAAGUACCAGCAGCAGAAGCAGCUGGCUGAGCAGAGGAACGCGGCCAGCAGGGAGGCGCACACGCCCAAACUCACCAGCGUGGUGAACGGGGAGAGCCUGGAGGAUAUCAGGAAGAAUUUGUUGAAAAAGCAGGUGGAAACGAGGACAGCAGAUGGCCGCAGACGGAUCACCCCUCUAUGCAUUGCUCAGUUAGACACGGGGGACUUCUCCCCAGCCCUGUUUAACAGUGUCCCGAUCCUUCCCGGCUCGUCUGUGUCCUCCCAGCUGACCCAGCAGCAGACCUCCUCGGACUCCAACACGGCCAACUCCCUCAGCCUGAAGCCGUGUCCGGAGCCCACAGCCGCUGCUGCUCCCAGGCCUGCAGACGAUGCACUGCACAAAGAGGGCGUCAAUGCUACAGCCACCACGUUGUCAGCCGUUGUAAACUCCAUUGCAGGGAAACCAAACUCUCUGACGUCUGCUGCCAAGAUUGAGCCAAUGAAAGCACUUGAUUCCAGGUUUACAGAAAGAUCAAAAGCCACGCCCGGAGUAGCCAUAUCCUCUCUCGUCAGUCUCACCCCCCUUGAUAGAGUAAAAGAUGCAAAUGCCCUUAAGGACCCGAGGCCCAGGAUCACAUGUCUGGACAGCAGCAGCGACAGCGAGGAGAAAAUGAAAGCACCGUCUCUGGCCUUGAACAAGAGGAAGAUAGAGAUGGAGGGGAGCGAGGUGGUCGAGAAGAGAAAGAAGGGAAGGCCGAGGAAAGAUACCAAAGUACUGCCGGUGAACGUAGCCGUGCUGCAGACUGCGCCCACAACAGACAAAGAUCCCCCCAGAGUUGUUGUGCCGAUGGCAGUGUUGAAGCUGCCAACACCAGCACCACAGAAAGCUUUCACUGUACAGAUCAGCUCGGAUCCGUCCGUGUUCAUUGAGGUGGAGAAUGAGGUCUCCACCGCCGGGGGGUCCAGGCUGAGCCGGCUGAAGUGUAACCGGGAGGGUAAAGUGUGGGAGACGGUUCUCACCAGUCGAGUCCUGACUGCUGCUGGAAGCUCGGACGUGAUCGGGGUGGCCUGUGAGGACAGGACGUUGUCGGUAUUCUCUGCCUGUGGCUGGCGGCUGCUCCCAGCCAUCCUGUUGCAGGCGCCCAUGUCCACGCUGCACUGUUCUGGCUGCUACGUGAUGGCCCUCACUGCCUGUGCCACGCUGUCAGUCUGGGAUGUGCAGAAGCAGUCGGUACUGGUCAAGAAUGAAUCGCUACAGAGUAUCUUAUCAGGAACAGAUACCACAGUCUCCCAGUCCUUGUUGACCCAGCACGGAGUCCCGGUUGUGAGCCUGGCCAGUGGAAAGUCGUACUGUUUCAACUCCUCUCUUGGGACAUGGAAUCUGAUAGCAGACAAACAGGACUCCCUGGUGCAGUGUGCCGAUUACAGGAACUGCUUCCCUUCCCAGGAGGCCAUGCUGUCCUCUGGACCCUUGGCCAUCGUGCAGGGUCACACUUUGAAUGCUGGGAGGCAAGCGUCCAGGCUGUCGUCCACACCACACCUCCUGCAGCAGGGAAUGACGCUGGCCUACCUGGAGAACCAGAUGGCAUCAGCACUUGCAUUGAAAUCCAGUCCGGAGUACAGGCACUGGCUUCUCAUCUACGCACGGUUCCUGGUAAAUGAAGGAUCGCAGUAUCGCUUACGAGAGCUAUGUAAAGAUUUGUUGGGUCCUGUACACAAGUCAGCGGCAAGCGUUUGGGAGGCGACUGUGCUGGGACUGAGGAAGCGAGACCUUCUCAAAGAGGUGCUUCCAGUUAUAGGCCAGAAUCUGCAGUUCCAGAGGCUCUUCACAGAAUACCAGGAUCAGCUGGAGCUGCUGAAAAACAAGUAGCACUUUCCCAUCGUUCCACAGGGAGACCGUCAUCACGAGAGAGCAGAGCCCCGCUGUGCCGUCUCGGGAGGAGCACAACACCUGCUACCCUGAGCAAGGACCCCCGUGAAGCAGGGGGUGGGGGCAAACAAAAGAACAAACAAGAGACGCUUCUCUUCAGUAUGAAGGCACUAAGAUUCCACUGUCCGCACGGGUCACGGGGUGCUCGGACAAGCACAAUGCCACCGUCACGCAGAACAGCGGAAACCAUUUAAAAAAAAAAAUAAAAAUAAAGAAAAAAUAAAGAAAAAAAUUCUCCUGAUGUUUACGGGAGGUAAUAACAUAGUUUUUCUAUCAGCAGUUGGAAUAUGUUUCUACUAGAAACAGAAAGCCUGUACAGUAGAGUGUGGGCAGGUAACACAGUGGCAGUGCUUGGUGCAUCGCGUCACUACAGCAACAACAGCAACAACCCAAGAACGGACAUUUUAACAGUAGCAACAACCAGACUCUGUGCAGUUUGUACAUGGAGAUAAACAGGUCCUGUUUUGUUUGUAAUUUCUAAAUGUUUGUACAAGAGACCUGUUUUUCUUUUUUUCUUUUAGGUUUUUGUUUGUUUUUUGUUUUAGUUUUUUUUUUUCAUUUUCUACAAAAUAAAUUAAUUGAGCAAUGCUUUGGCAUAAUUUUAUAUUUUGCUGUGAUUGGAAAUUCGACUAAAUAACAGUAAUUAAAUAGAUUGGUUGGUU